AUGGUCGCGUUCGCUCGCGACGACGACUACGUUGAUGACUCCUUUACGACGAACAAUGACGUGGCGAAUGAGGAGGAAUACAUGAAAGGCCUCGAAGAAGAAAACAGCGAUGACGACAUUACCAGCCCUGGUUACUCUAGAGUCACGGCCACUAACCAGAAGGACGCGAAGAGCGCUGCAACGAAUGAAGAGGGUGCGAUAGGGAGUGCGGUUGAAAAGGGCGAGGCUACGUCUAAGAAGGACGCAGAUAUUGGUGAGAAGGAGUUGGAAAAUGAUAUCGAUUGUCGUGUGACGGGUGUGGAGAUAAAAGAAGGCACGGACAUGCCUAACACGGUGAAUGGGGAUGAGGACGAUGCCGUGGAUAACAUUUUGACGGAUACGCCUGUGGACGCAGGCGUAAAGGCCACUGGCACGGCAGAGGCCCGCACGCCAGUGUCCUCGGCACAAGAUGGUGACGAUGACACGGUUGCGGGUGGGGACGCCUAUAUCCUUCAGUUUGUUCGGGCCGCUCGAACCGAUGCUGAGCUGGAGCGAGUUAAGCACAAGAGGCGAAAUGAGUCACCGCGUGAGAGAUCGAUUCGCACUGAAGAAGAUAGUGAGGAUUGUCGUCCACUCAAGCGCACCCGUACUAGUAUCACAAACUCCGUUACGACCGCGAGUGCUGUCAGGCAACAGCGAGCCCGGCGUCGUACAAAAACAUUUGAAGCGCGUGAGAAGAUUAGCAUGUCGCUUCAAGCAGUCGUUAACACUAAACGAGGCCUGCCCAAGAAGUCGUUCAAGAGCUGGGAGGUAUUCGAGGAAGUACUUAAGCGUUACGAGGCCGAAUACUUCCUCCAUUUUCGCGUCCGAAGCUCCGAAGCCAGGCGCAAAAACAACAGGUUGUCAAGCAUGGCACUGCUGCGUGAGGUGUUUACGUGGACCCAGAAACUGAGAUAUCUACUCUCAAUCACGAGACGAACAAGCAUAUUUUUCGACUCCAACCGUGGAGCAAAGUACAUGUCCAUUCCGGCCAAGGCAGUCUCGAUGUUACAACUGCCACCGGUGGAGGAUUUCCCGUGA